AUGCUGGAACGAAGCACAGAGUCUGAAGGCAUGGACCCUAGUCCCACUGACAAGAAGCCAGUCCCCAGAGGAGCUCCCCAUCCGAGCCCCCAGCAGAAACCCGGCCAGACCAAUCCAGGGCCCACCGCAUCUCCUGGGGUGCCUUCCCGACCUCGCCGGCGACCGCCACCACAGCGCCCACACCGCUGCCCCGACUGUGACAAGUCCUUCUCAUACCCGUCCAAGCUGGCCACGCACAGGCUGGCCCACGGUGGGGCCCGCCCCCACCCGUGCCCCGACUGCCCCAAGGCAUUCUCCUACCCCUCCAAGCUGGCAGCCCACCGCCUCACGCACAGUGGUGCGCGCCCCCACCCAUGCCCACACUGCCCCAAGGCUUUUGGUCACCGCUCCAAACUGGCAGCCCACCUCUGGACACACGCACCAGCCCGCCCCUACCCAUGCCCAGACUGCCCCAAGUCCUUCUGCUAUCCCUCCAAACUGGCGGCCCACCGCCACACGCAUCAUGCCACCGAUGCCCGCCCUUACCCUUGCCCACACUGCCCCAAGGCAUUUUCGUUCCCCUCCAAACUGGCCGCCCAUCGCCUAUGUCAUGACCCCCCUACUGCACCCAGCAGCCAGGCCACUGCGCGACACCGCUGUCCCAGCUGUAGCCAGGCCUUUGGUCAGAGACGCCUUCUGCUCCUCCACCAACGCAGCCACCACCAGGCCGAGGGCCAGGGGGAGCGAGAAUGAACCCUCCU